AUGCCAUGGCCGUUCAGCUCUUCCAGCUCAGGAAAACCGUCUACACCGAGCAAGUCAGAAGAUGAUGCGCGCGUCUUACCCACAUCAUGGAACGACCUGCUGCCACAACCUGCGCCGCCAUUGCAGGCUGCUAGAGAGUGGGCCCCCGUUUUCCUGACAUCCGUCGCAUCUCUGGCAGCUUUCAUGUUUUAUCAAACCCGGCUGCGGAGGUUCCCCACAACAAAUCACAUCCAGCCAGAGCUUUUCAGAAAGAGGACUCUUCUGGGCCGAGUGACCAGUGUGGGAGAUGGCGAUAACUUUCACCUGUUCCACACACCAGGUGGCAGACUGGCAGGCUGGGAUUGGCUGAGGAAGGUCCCCAACACCAGAGCCGCACUCAAGGGAAAGACAAUACCGAUACGGAUGGCUGGAAUUGAUGCUCCCGAGGGCGCACACUUUGGCCGGCCGGGGCAGCCAGGUGCGGCAGAAGCGCUGCAAUGGCUGAGAGUCUACAUACAGAACAAACGUGUCUGGGCUCGGAUUCACAGGCGCGAUCAAUAUGAACGCGUUGUUGCGACAGUAUACGUCAGACCGUUUCUGUUCAAGAAGGACGUCGGUCUAGAAAUGCUGAAGCUCGGGUUGGCAACGACAUAUGAAGCGAAAACGGGAGUCGAAUGGGGAGGGGCUGAAAAGGCAUACAAAGCUGCCGAGGCCAGGGCUAAGUCAAAGAAGCUUGGAAUUUGGAAUGGCAAGGCAAGUGAUUUUGAGAGUCCCAGGGCAUACAAGACAAGAACAAAUGAGACGGAGGUGAAGCCUGAGGGGAAAGUUGAGGGCAAGAAUGGGGCCAAGAAAACUGGCUGGUUGUCGGGGUGGUUGUGA